GUUAAAUGUUCAUUUAGUAGAGCUGGGGUGAAAAAAUACUGUUUUAACUUGAAAUGCUAGAAGAUUGUUGUUCUUGUGUUACUCAUUCAUGCAAAUUGGAGAAGGUAUAAUUGAAACAAGGUUGGCUGUGUUUGAGUCAGUGUGCUGCAGCUGAGCUCAGCUUAAAGGUCGCUGGAAAUCAAGUGCUUUGUAAGUGAAGGCAUUUUGACUACAAGCGAUUCAAGACAUUUUAGAAACGUCAGUCUCAGGAAUAGGUCGUCUUUUUCUUUCUAUGAUAUCUGGUAUCUAGUGUUUUACUUAGGAUAAAGACUCUUACUUAAUAGCUCUUUUAGGCACCACAAAUGAUUUUUUCUUUCGAUGCAGUGCAGCUGCUUCUAGCCUGUCUACGGACAGAGAUCUUUGUUUUGACUUUCAGCCCUUAACAUGUUUGGAAAUGAGAACAAAUGGCACAAAGCUUACGAUUGCACUUUGCAGCCAGAAGAAGCAAUACUUACCCUUUGUCAGAAACCUCCGGAGAUGAUUUGGAUAGCCAUGUUCACAUGUGCUUCAAAAAACCAACACGGAUUUCAACUUCUAAUGUUGUUCAAAUGAAGCUGACGCCCAGACAGACUGCACUAUCGCCGUUAAUAAAGGAAAACGUGAAGCCUCAGGAAAGAGCAUCUGUUCCUUCAUCUGAAAAUGUUAAUAAAAAGAGCAGCUGUCUUCAGAUUUCACUACAGCCAAUAAGGUACGGUGGAUGUCUUCAGCCUAGCAAUGUCUUAGCUGAUGGUGACGAUGCUUCACUUACUUAUGUCUUGAAGGAUGGCAUUUAUAGCAGUGCUGUGGUUGAUAAUGAACUGAAUGCUGUGAACGAUGGUAACCUUUUAUGCAGUUCUGCCAUUUGUAGCGAUAGCCUCAGUAACUUUUCAACCAGUGAUAAUGGAUCUUACAGCAGCAACGGUAGUGAUUAUGGGUCCUGUGCAAGUAUCACAAGUGGAGGUUCAUACACCAACAGUAUCAUCAGUGACAGUAGUGGUUAUACUUUUCCAUCGAGUGAUGAUACUUUUUUUGGUGGAAAUUUACCUUCUGACUGCACCUCCAACAGAAGUGUGCCAAACAGGAAUGCAACUCCCUGUGAAAUUUUUUCAAGAAGUCCAAGUACAGUUCCCUUUGUCCAGGAUGACUUGGAGCAUGGAAUAGAGAUUAUGAAAUUGCCAGUGAACAGGAAUGCAAAAAUUCCACUGAAACGUUGCUCAUCCUUAGUCAUUUUUCCUAGGAGUCCUUCAAAUACCCCACCAACUUCUCCAACAAGUGCAGGUAUUCUUCUAAGCAAAGGACCUUAUCAAACCUCACAUCAGUUUAUUGUUUCUCCUAAUGAAAUUUCACAUAAUGAAGAUGGUACUAGUGGUAAAGGAUUCCUUUCCACAGCUGUCAAUGGACUUCGAUUAUCUAAAACAGUUUGUACUCCUGGAGAAGUAAGAGACAUAYGGCCACUUCACAGAAAGGGCUCGCCACAAAAGAAAAUUGUUAUUUCGAAUAAUAGUCCAAAACAGACUAUCUGUGAAAAGUCAUCUGAAGGGUACUCUUGUGUUUCAGUGCAUUUCACUCAACAAAAAGCAACCACAUUAGAUUGUGAAACCGCAAAUGGCGAUUGUAAACCAGAGAUGUCAGAAAUUAAACUUAAUUCUGAUCCAGAGUGUACCAAGUUCAUGCCCAGGAUGGCUGCCUGUUUACCAGCCACCCAAAACAUGGAUUAUCAAAUAAAUAUUGAUGGAGAGUUGGAAAGACCAAAUUCACAGAUAAACAAAAACCAUGCUGUUUUACAAAGAAGUGUUUCACUGGGAGGAACUUAUCCAAAUAUUUCCUGUUUAUCCAGCCUUAAGCACAAUUGUUCCAAGGGGGGACCAUCUCAGUUACUCAUAAAGUUUGCAUCUGGAAAUGAAGGUAAAGGUAACAGUUUAUCAAGAUACAGCACCAGAGAUUUCACAAAUGAACUAUCUAAUUCUUGUAAGACAAGAGAUGAUUUCCUAGGUCAAGUGGAUGUUCCUCUUUAUCCAUUGCCGACAGAAAAUCCAAGAAUGGAGAGACCAUACACGUUUAAGGACUUUGUUCUUCACCCAAGAAGUCCCAAGUCAAGAGUUAAAGGUUAUCUGAGAUUAAAAAUGACUUAUCUACCUAAAACCAGUGGCUCAGAAGAAGAUAAUGCAGAACAGGCUGAGGAAUUAGAGCCUGGCUGGGUUGUUUUGGACCAACCAGAUGCUGCUUGCCACUUGCAGCAGCAACAAGAACCUUCUCCUCUACCUCCAGGAUGGGAAGAGAGGCAGGAUGUCCUUGGAAGGACCUACUAUGUAAACCAUGAAUCUAGAAGAACACAGUGGAAAAGACCAACCCCUCAGGAUGACCUCACAGAUGCUGAGAAUGGUAACAUUCAACUGCAAGCACAGCGUGCCUUUACCACCAGGAGGCAGAUCUCCGAAGAAACGGAGAGUGCUGACAACCGGGAUUCUUCCGAGAACUGGGAAAUUAUAAGAGAAGACGAAGCUGCCACAUACAGCAGUCAGGCCUUCCCAGCACCUCCAUUAGCAAGCAACGUGGAUGUUCAGACUCACCUUGCAGAAGGAUUGAACACCAGACUCACURUUUGUGCAAAUUCAGCCACCAGCCCAACAGCGUCCUGCUCAAAUCAUUCCAGCAGAAGAGGCAGCUUACAAGCCUAUACUUUUGAGGAACAGCCUACACUUCCUGUGCUCUUGCCUACUUCAUCUGGAUUACCACCAGGUUGGGAGGAAAAGCAGGAUGAAAGAGGAAGAUCGUAUUACGUGGAUCAUAAUUCCAGAACCACCACCUGGACGAAGCCCUCGACACAGGCCACAAUGGAGACCAGUCAGCUGCCAUCAAGCCAGAGUCCUUCUGCAGGCCCUCAAGCACAGCUCUCCUUGAGUGAUUCAGCACAACAAACGACCCAGCCAUCUGAAAUUGAGCAGGGUUUCCUCCCUAAAGGCUGGGAGGUCCGGCAUGCACCAAAUGGGAGGCCUUUCUUUAUUGACCACAACACCAAAACCACCACUUGGGAAGAUCCAAGAUUGAAAAUUCCAGCUCAUCUGAGAGGAAAGACAUCACUUGACUCUUCCAGUGAUCUAGGGCCUUUACCUCCAGGAUGGGAAGAGAGAACUCACACAGAUGGAAGAAUCUUCUACAUAAAUCAUAAUAUAAAAAGAACACAAUGGGAAGAUCCACGGUUGCAGAAUGUAGCAAUAACUGGACCAGCAGUGCCCUACUCCAGGGAUUACAAAAGAAAGUACGAGUUCUUCCGAAGAAAGUUGAAGAAGCAGAAUGACAUUCCAAACAAAUUUGAAAUGAAACUUCGCCGUGCAACUGUUCUCGAGGACUCCUACCGGAGAAUUAUGGGUGUCAAGAGAGCUGACUUCCUCAAGGCUCGACUCUGGAUUGAGUUUGAUGGUGAAAAGGGUUUAGAUUAUGGAGGAGUUGCCAGAGAAUGGUUCUUCCUGAUCUCAAAGGAAAUGUUUAACCCUUAUUAUGGGUUGUUUGAAUAUUCUGCUACGGAUAAUUAUACUCUUCAGAUAAAUCCAAACUCUGGAUUAUGUAAUGAAGAUCACCUCUCUUACUUCAAGUUUAUUGGCCGGGUAGCUGGGAUGGCAGUUUAUCAUGGCAAGCUGUUGGAUGGUUUUUUCAUCCGCCCGUUUUACAAGAUGAUGCUACACAAACCAAUAACACUUCAUGACAUGGAAUCAGUGGACAGUGAAUAUUACAACUCACUAAGAUGGAUUCUUGAAAAUGAUCCAACAGAAUUGGACCUCAGGUUUAUCAUAGAUGAAGAACUUUUUGGACAGACACAUCAACACGAGUUGAAAAAUGGUGGAUCAGAAAUUGUUGUCACCAAUAAGAACAAAAAGGAGUACAUUUAUCUUGUAAUUCAGUGGCGAUUCGUCAACCGAAUCCAGAAGCAAAUGGCUGCUUUUAAAGAGGGAUUCUUUGAACUAAUACCACAGGAUCUCAUCAAAAUUUUUGAUGAAAAUGAACUGGAGCUUCUUAUGUGUGGAUUGGGAGAUGUGGAUGUGAACGACUGGAAAGAACAUACAAAGUAUAAAAAUGGCUACAAUGUAAAUCAUCAAGUCAUACAGUGGUUUUGGAAGGCUGUUUUAAUGAUGGAUUCAGAAAAAAGAAUAAGAUUACUUCAGUUUGUCACUGGCACAUCCCGUGUGCCUAUGAAUGGUUUUGCUGAACUAUAUGGCUCAAAUGGACCACAGUCAUUUACAGUUGAACAGUGGGGUACCCCUGAAAAGCUGCCAAGAGCUCAUACCUGCUUUAAUCGCUUGGACUUGCCACCCUAUGAAUCAUUUGAAGAAUUAUGGGAUAAACUUCAGAUGGCGAUUGAAAACGCUCAGGGUUUUGAUGGAGUUGAUUAGAUUACAAAUAACAGUCUCUGGUGUUUUUACUGCCACGGUUUUAUAAGCAGAUUCACAACUUCAGGUUUUCCAGGGAACUGCUAAAACUUGGCCACUGAUUCUUCCCAGAUAUUGGAGAAAAUCAUUUAAAACACUAGAAGAAAUAGUAUGACGGUUUUACUGUUAUUUCAAUCACUUUUAAGUAAUGUUUUGCAUUAAUACAGUUAUCUCAUUCUAUCUUUGGAGUUCACACUACAGGAUAUAAGUCCUGUGUGCCUGAAAUAGUGAGUUUUAUCCUUAACAUUUACCUCUUUUGCAGUAUUUGCCAGGCAGUUCUUUCUUAAACUACUGAAAUUAUAACUGUGAAAUAUCUGUGAUAAGUGUCAUGUGUGAAAAGUUUGAUGCUUUUUGAGAAGGAAAACUGAAAUUUUGGGGGAAAUACUUUCAUAUGGAUUAAACUACAAUAUAUUUAGUGCUACUUACACUAUUUAUUAUCUUAGACUUGCCUAAUGCACCUUACUGCCCAGAUUUUUGGAAAAAAAACUUGUAAAAUGUGUUACCUAAUUUUUUAAUCAUUUGACUCAUUUGCAAAAAAAAUCAUUUACUUCUUCACAUCAAAAGCAUUUGGCUUUUGUUAAUUGACAUCCUUAUACUAAACAAGGUGGUUCAUAAGACAUGUGAAGUAAAUUCCUCUGUGCAAUAGGUGAAAAGUACUAAGCCUUCCUCUGGCCUGUAUAGCCUUUUGGUUCCUUAGUGUAGUUACCACUUUUUCAAGUUUUUAGUGUAGUUAGAAGAACCCCUUCAUGCAACAUUAAAGCUCCACAAAGCAGUAUUUCUAAAUAUGCCUUGAAGAUCUGAGUUAAAUGUGUAAUACUUGCCUUUACUAGUCUCUCUUUAUACUUGCACAAUUAUGUAGUAAAUACAUGUUUACAGGGUUUAUUAUGUUUACAGGUUAAGCUAACUUCUGCAGUUGCAUUUUUAUAUUUUAGUAUCGUUUUAGUAUAUAAAAAAAACAAAUAAUUUGUUAAAAAUAACCAAAGAAUAGUUAAAUGCAUAAUUUGUACUAAAUUUGUUAUCACAUUUCUUAUAUUUUCUAAAAUACUGUUUACUAUGAAAAUGAUGUUUUAUUAUAAAUUCAGUCUUUCAGGCAAAACGCUACAGAUAGAAUCCUACUUUAACCAAAUUGAAGCACAGAAAGAACACGUGCAUGUAUUCAGCACUGACUGAAUGCCUGCCAUGUGUACAGCCCUGGGGUAAGCUUGUCAGUGACAGUGACAUCAGCUCAGUCUUCAUCCUCAAGGAACUGACAAGUGUGUAAAUGAGUUUGUAAACAAUCCAAAGCAGGAGUGGGCAGAAUAAGGCAUCUAGGUUCUAGUGCACCUGCAAAGAUUAAAGUGUGCCAAGACUAUAUUUAUAUGUUUCAUACAUUUAUUGGAAUGACUAUAUAGAAAAUGCUCUUAUAAAAAAAUUAAAUCUGUUUAUCAAUGUGAUAUCUUGGUGAUAUAGGAAUAAUUGUAAAUAUAUGUUUAAACAUUCUUAUAUACAUACAAAUGCUCUGUGAGACUUGUAAAAAGUAUUUCUGGCCAUUGGUAUAAGUUUGUUGGGGUAUUACAUGAGUACCCACCAGCACCUGGUAGAUAUUUCUAAUGACAGUAGCAAAACCACUUUUCAGACACCACAUUAUCAGUUGGGUUUACAGAAAAUAAUCCACAGAUGAGUGCAUCCUUCACCAUUGUCAGCAAGCAUUUAAGCAUGACCACCAGCUAUAGUCUUAGUUAUAUCAUUUACCAACUGUGUGAACUGAAACAAGUUAACCUCUCUGGGCUCCUGUUUCUUCACCUGUUAAGUGAGAAUAUUCGUACCCACCCUUGCUAACAUGCAAGAUUGUUAUAAGCUCCUGAGAGAGAAAAAAUUAGAAAGUGAUUUAGUAACAUAUUAUAAUCAGAGGAUGUUUUGUUGCUAGCCAUCAAAUUUUGUCAAAUCAGGUGUCCCAACUGACUAUGCUCCAAAAGAAGAAUUUCUUCAUUUAAAAAUGUAGGGCUGGGGUUGUGGUUCAGUCGUAGAGCACUUGCCUAGCAUGUGUGAGGCA